CUUAAUAUUUAUACUUAAAGAGUUCCAACGGUACACUACUCUUACAACCACGAACAAUACAAUAAACUGACUAACUGAAACAUACACACAUAUAAUAACUGACGUACACACUUAUCUCCAAUCACGACUAAAUCACAUUAUGCACGUAUCAUGUUGUUUAAUUUGUGUAACUGCUGGACAAAUGCCGAGUGACAAAACUGUCGGCGGAGGAGAUGAUGCUUUCAAUCCGUUUUUCAGUGAAACGGGUGCAGGAAAACACGUACCUCGUGCCAUUUUCGUAGAUCUUGAACCAACUGUUAUCGAUGAAGUACGAACCGGUACUUAUCGUCAAUUGUUCCAUCCUGAACAACUUAUUAGUGGCAAAGAAGAUGCAGCUAAUAACUUCGCUAGAGGCCACUACACAAUUGGGAAGGAGAUUGUGGAUCUAUGCCCUGAUAGGAUCAGAAAGCUUGCUGAUAACUGCACUGGGCUGCAAGGGUUUUUGGUAUUUCAUGCUGUUGGUGGUGGUACAGGAUCUGGUCUUGGGUCUCUACUUCUUGAGAGACUCUCAGUUGAUUACGGAAAGAAAUCAAAACUCGGGUUUACGGUUUACCCGUCUCCACAGGUUUCAACUUCUGUGGUUACUAAUACUGCAUUCGAGCCCUCUUCGAUGAUGGCCAAGUGUGAUCCUCGCCAUGGGAAAUACAUGGCUUGUUGUUUGAUGUACAGAGGUGAUGUUGUACCGAAGGACGUCAAUGCAGCUGUAGGAACAAUCAAGACAAAGAGGACGAUUCAGUUCGUUGAUUGGUGUCCUACUGGAUUCAAGUGCGGGAUCAAUUAUGAACCACCUACAGCUGUUCCUGGUGGAGAUUUAGCUAAGGUUCAGAGAGCAGUUUGCAUGAUUUCAAACUCAACUAGUGUUGCAGAGGUGUUCUCAAGGAUCGAUCAUAAGUUUGAUCUCAUGUAUGCUAAGCGUGCAUUUGUGCACUGGUAUGUUGGUGAAGGAAUGGAGGAGGGAGAGUUUUCUGAAGCUCGUGAGGAUUUAGCUGCUGCUCUAGAGAAAGACUAUGAGGAAGUUGGCUUAGAAUCCGGUGAAGGAGAAGAUGAUGAAGGGGAUGAGUACUAGAAUCUAAGAAAUAUAUAGGUCGUAAGGAAAACUAGGAUUUGCUUAACUUAAUAACCAAAUGGACUCAU